AUGAAGCAAAAUAGCAUUCUACCCACAGAUUGCUACAAUAUGAAUGAGAUUGGAUUUCAAAAGGGUCAAGAAUGUGCAAAAAUAAUCAUGACUCUCAUCUAA